UAUACGCUGAAAACAAAACUCCAUUGUUUUCAUAUUGAAUGAAAAUAUAUGUUUAAAGUCUAUUGUUUUUUAUUAAACUAAUUUUUAUUUCUUGUAGUAAUUAUGAACGACAUAGCAAUGUAUCCUUUAAAGUUACUAAUGUCUAGAGCAUUGUUGGUGUUUGUUUAACUUAACCCUUUAAUUAGAGAAAUUAAAGUGCCAUUUCCAACUAAACGCGUAGCUCAAAUCGUUUACGAUGUAUUAAGAGUAGAUAAGGAACCAAGACGUAGUCAAGUAAAUAAAGAAUUAUCAGUUAAGGACCGUAUUUUGAUUGGGAAUUUCUCUGGUAGGCUUGCUAAGCAAUUAAGGGUAGCAGUUAACAAUUUCUUUGAUAAUAUCAAUUUGAUCUUAUCCACAAUUGAUCAGUUUGGACCUCCUGUUAGUGACUAUUAUCAUCACUAUUAAUUUAGAAAUGCCAGAACAUACUCCUGCACCAACUCCUAAUAGAGCUGUAUAUGGAUUUGCUAUGUAUUUAAGUUUCAAAUUAUUAUUCAUAUUAUACUUGCUGUGGGCUGUUUUGCCAGAGUCUUUAUUUCAUUAUAUUGGCAUAACAUGUCUUCCUCAAAGAUACUGGGCUAUAGCAGUGCCAAUAUUUUUUUUAACAGUGGUAGCAGCAUUUGGUUUUGUGAUUUACCCUUGUCUUAAUUUAUGCAUGACACCAAAUAUUGAUGAUGUUGUAACUGUUCAUGAAAAGAAGUUUAAAGAAUGUACCAAAAAUGCAAGCUUUGAAGAAUUUUUAAUUAAUAAUGAUAAAGAUGCAUGUCAUAUUUGCUGUAAAGACCCAAAAGGAUGCAAACGUGCAAAAUUUUUUGAAAUGCAGGAGGUUAAUAAUUCAAUUAGUAUUUCUCCUGUAAAAUAUUUAACAAUAGGGACAUAUAAAAUGUAAAUUAUGAUAAGUCGUACAUAUAAAUAUAGUUAGUAAAUACA